AUGUCUCAUGCAACCCGCCUCGGCGGAAGUGGUAUGUAGACGGUCUCAUGAUGACGAUACCCCUGCACACUGCUCCGCUAACCCCGAGCGAUCUGCAGCUUUCAAUACAGCUUCCACCUCAUCCUCCGAGCAGGAACUCGACCGACUUCGAGAUGCGGCGCGAAAAGAGCAGGGACAACAUCAGCACUAUGCAGCCGAAGCGAGACAAGCGUAUGAACGCGGCGACGGUGCACGCGCGCAUGAAAUGGUAGAGCGGAGAGACUCGAUGCAUGAGAAAGAUACCAACCUGACGCAACAUUGCAGAGCGAGCAGUCCAAGAGACACGCUGCCGAAGCCGACCGGCUGAACAAGCAAGCCUCCGAAUUCAUCUUCCGCGAGAACAACGCGGUCGGCAAAGUCGCUGGGGACACCGUCGACCUGCACGGCCAGUACGUCGAGGAAGCCGAAGAGAUCCUCGAGCAGCGAAUCCGAUACGCACAACAGACUGGGCAAUCGCAUCUCCACGUCAUCGUGGGCAAAGGCAACCACAGCCCGGACCACAUCCAGAAGAUCAAGCCGCGCGUGGAAAAGGUGUGCCAGGAGCUGGGGCUGCAAUACCACACCGAGCACAACGAAGGCAGAAUCUUCGUUGACCUGCAGGGCGGCGGGCAUGGACAGCAGGUGCCCGGGUACGAUUACCAGCAGCAGUAUCAGCCGCAGCAUGAGAGCUACGGCAAGCCGCACUACGAGACGGCGUACCCCAUGGGCCACGCGCCGCAGUAUGGCUACGCCCAGGCUGCUGGGGGCUAUGCUGGACAGCAGCCGCAAAUGCAGUACGACGGACAGCAGGGAGGUCAUGCCGGCCGACCUCAGCAACAGAUGCAAGUGCAAGAGCCGCAGCAAGAAGGCAUCAAAUGUUGUGGCAUCAAGAUUUGCGUGGUCAUGUAG